CGCAAGCAAAAAGGUAAACGUUCAAAAACGAGAAUACUUCAGCACAAUAUUCCCCUUAAGUCUUUCUCGUUCAACUGAUUAAUGCCAUAGGAACGUCGAAAAAGUCGUAAAUGUGCUAAUUUGUCCAAUUUGAGGGAUAAAAGACCCUAAAAUUCGCGAUUAACAACGAAAGUUGCACGAAGCCUUCGAGAGACUGCUGCAAAAUGACUACCGUUUUUUCAAAUUUGAACUUUUUUAUUCUUUGUCUACUGCUUGUUUCUUGUUCUUUGGUGUAUACAAGUAACAAAGACUGUACUGCUGGACCUUGUUUUCCUACGUCGGGGGAAAUUGCGAGUAAAUUCUCAGUUCAAGCGAAUUCAACGUGUGGCGUCGAUAAAGUUGAAGAAUAUUGUCUUCCUUCAAGUCUUGACUGCAACCAAAUUUGUAAUGACAGUAAUCCUAAGGCUAACCAGAGUCACUCUUCAACUUAUAUUAACGAUGCAUUUGCUUUAAAUACAUUCUGGAAGUCUUCAAAUAUGGAUCGACCAGUGUUUUUACAGUUUGACUUUGGUGUACAGUUCAUGGUUUAUCGUUCUGUAGCGACGUUUGAGUUCGAGCUUCCUGCUGCCAUGUACUUCGCAAAGUCUCAAAACAACGGCUUGGAUUUUCAACCACUUGCUUUCUAUGCCACUGCUUGCACUAAAUUCUUUAGUAUGACGGAAACUCCGAGUAACAGAUUGAAUGGUUUAGCGGUGGAAUGCUUUAAAAUCGAUCCAACAAAUAAUCCAGCAAAGCAGAUAGAGUAUGGCCCCAUGAGAGAUCCAGCAACAUCCCAAGGGAUCGUCGCCAGCCAUCAGAACCAGACAUACUUUGUCAUGACCAAUCUUCGUCUUGUCCUGGUCAGCUACAUAACACCACCUGGCUUUGAUCCAGCGACUGCCAGUGAUCAGCUGAAAAAGAGUCUAUCAUUUACAUUACGAGACUGGGAUGUUAUUGCUGCYUGUUUUUGUAAUGGACAAGCAUCGGCAUGUGUAAGUGAAAAUGUUGGGAAAUGUCUGUGUAAAAGGAAUACUGAUGGCAACAACUGCGAGAAAUGUUUACCUCUUUAUAACAACAAAACCUAUGAAGUUAGAAAACCAUGUGAAGCUUGUGGUUGUAAUGAUCAUGCGAACAGCUGCCAUUACAACUCCACCAAGGGAUAUGGUGUGUGUGACAACUGUACUGAUAAUACAACAGGAGACAAGUGUGAAACAUGUCAAAUAGAAYACUACAGACCCCAAACAAAUCUAUCCUAUCCAUGCUUAGCAUGUGCUUGCAACCUUUCUGGGGUGAGAAACACAGCCAAUCGUACUCUCUGUCAUCGCAGUACUGGUCAGUGUGGCUGUAAGGAGAGAGUGAUGGGCAGAGCCUGCGAUACUUGUAAACCUGAUUACUGGAACCUCACUGAAUCCAACCCUUUAGGAUGUCAAGGCUGUGAGUGUUCCCUGAUAGGUACUGUUAAUAGGUCCAAUACCUGUGACCAUGCUAAUGAUGGACAAUGCCCAUGUAAAAGAAACAUUGACGGCAGAACAUGUAACAAGUGCAAGGAUGGAUAUUACAAUUUAACUGAAGAUAACCCAGAUGGCUGCCUGUCAUGUAACUGUAAUCCAGCAGGGUCAGUCAACGUGAAAUGUAACUCAACUGGAGAAUGUACCUGCCGUCCACGGUUUUAUGGGUCAAAGUGCGACAAGAUUGAAGAAGGCUUCUUUGUUCCAAGUGUUGAUUCCUUGACCCUACAAGCUGAAGAUGGAGUCCUUUCACCAGCCCAGGAAAAGAAAGUCAAGCACUCAAUGCUCACCACAUCUACUGGAAAAGAGUAUCUCUUUAUUGGUUUGGUUCUCAAAGAAAGUGACAAUGUAACAACCCCAACGCAGCUGACAAUGAAUGUGACUGUACCCAAGACAGCACUCUAUACAUUUGCACUAAGAUACAUGACCACUCAAAAUUGGUAUUUCCUGAAGCUCACAGUUGAGCUUCGAUCUUUAUUUACUCCUUUCACAUGCAAUAGUGUUACUUAUUCAAAUAACAAGCCCCAUGAGUUCUUAGCCAAUGCAACAGCUGGUAAUGAAUCAGCCAUGUUUGGUCAGGCAACCUGUUUGAGAGAGGGAGUCUAUGUGGUUAAUUUGGAACUACGACCUGGUGGCAGCACUCCUAAUGCAGAGAUAACUGUUGAUUCGGUUGUCAUUCUACCAGCUGUAACACAAUAUCCUCAGUUCCAACGAGCUUCACUGGAUGAACAAACCAAUGUGACAACAUACUACAAUUGGGCCUCUAACUUGAGACAGUGGACAGACAAUUCAAAUUUAGGUUGUAAUGCCUUGUCUGGUUACUAUGGUUACCUCUAUGGAGAAGGACAAGCUUGUUCAUGCGAUGCUACUGGAGCAAAUAACCCGUCAGUGUGUGACAAGUGUGGUGGUCAGUGUUCUUGUAAACCAAAUGUGAUUGGCCGAACAUGUGAGGAAUGCCGACCAGACUAUUAUAACUUCACCUCCGGCUCUGGAUGCCAAGCGUGUUCAUGUCACGUCGAAGGCUCCAUGCGUUUAUCCUGUCAUCCAUUUACUGGUCAAUGUGAGUGCAGACCAAACGUCAUUGGUAAACAAUGUGAUCAGUGUAUACAGAACUACUUCAACGUCACCAGUGGAAGUGGCUGCUACCCUUGUAACUGUAACUCAGAUUAUUCUACAAGUUUGCAGUGCAAUGAUAACGGUGUAUGCCCGUGUAAGGCUGGUGUUGGUGGUACCAAGUGUACUCUUUGUGCUGACAGAUUUUACAAUCUGACUACUUCAGGUUGUAUGGGAUGCAAUUGCGAUCCUGAUGGAAGUCAGAAUCUUGUCUGUAACAAAGCAACAGGUCAAUGUCCCUGCAGAAUGAACUCAGUUGGCAAAACCUGCGAUACUUGUCCAACCGGUUAUUACGGCUUGAGGGCGCCACAUCCCGAGGGCUGUCUAAAGUGUCAUUGUUCUAACAAGACCAACAAUUGUUCUACCGAUGAGGGGUGGUUUAAGGCUGAGUUGAAGACCGAGCUGCUCACCACAGUGGACAAUACAGACAUGGGUGGUUGGCGCGUAGUUGCAGCUGAUGGACAGAUAGUGGAGAAUGCUCGUUGGUCCUGGGAUGCAAGUUAUGCUCCAAGUUUGUCGCCACGGUUGUUGAAGGGUUUUAUAAGAACUAAGGUUGAACAAGAGCAGUAUUUCACUGCCCCGGAUAAUCACACCAAGCAAGGAAGAUUCGCUUACACCUACAGCAUGUCAUUCAAACUACAACAGGACAAUGUUACCAGUCCUGAUAACUCGACCAAGGGGGAUGUUAUACUAAAGGGAACUGGAUUCAGUCAGCCGAUCGUAUAUCGAUUACCAUCACCACCGAAUAAGUUAUUUAAAAUGUAUACUAUUACCUUCUUGGAGACAGACCCCAAUUGGCAUGUAGGCAACAACCUUGGUCGUCGCCCAACGAGUGACGAACUAAUGGCAGUACUGAGCACACUACAGUAUCUGUACAUAAGAGCCAAAUGGACGACAUACAAUGAUACGUUCACUCGUCUGGCUGAUAUCAGUAUGGGAUACAGUAAUCAAAGCAGUAGCGGAGAAAAGGCCGAAAAUGUGGAAACUUGUAAAUGUCCUAAGGAGUAUGUGGGUCAGUUCUGUGAGCAGUGUGCUCCAGGGUACACUAGGGUGAUUCCUAAUGGUGGUGCUUAUGUGGAUUGUGUACCAUGCUCGUGUAAUGGUCAUACUGAUCGCUGUCAUCCUGAGUCUGGUGUGUGUCUGGGUUGUCAACACAAUACUACAGGCGAUCAUUGUGAGCGUUGUAAGGAUGGUCUCUAUGGAAACGCCACCAAUGGUACUCCCAGUGACUGCAAGCCAUGUCCUUGUCCAGGAGGUCCUUUUGAAAAGAAUCAGUUUUCACCCACUUGUUUCCUGGGCUCUGAUGGUCAACCAACAUGUAACAACUGUACCACAGGACAUGGAGGUCGAAGAUGUCAGAACUGUGUACAUGGCUAUUAUGGUAGACCACAGGAACCCGAUGGGGAGUGCGACGUGUGUAACUGUAAUGAUAACGUGGACCCUAACGUACCAGGAAACUGCAACACAACAACAGGACAAUGCAAUAACUGUGGUUAUAACACCUCGGGGCAUAACUGCGAGUGGUGUGCACCUGGUUUCUAUGGAAACGCGCUGAACAGGACCUGUACACGUUGUCCAUGCAAUAGCGACGGAACAAUAUCUGGUGUUCCAUGUGACAAUAUCACCGGCCAAUGCGCAUGUCACAAGAACGUCAUUGGCAAAUUAUGUGAUCGGUGUAAGCCAAACACCUUUAACCACUCCAGUGGGGUCGGGUGCUCUGAAUGUAACUGUCACCUUGAAGGAGCUGUGAAACAGCAGUGUAAUCUGACAACUGGCAUUUGUGAUUGCUAUCCCAAUGUCACCGGUGAUCAAUGCAAUAAAUGCAAGCUGAACUACUACGAUGUAACACGACGAUGCGUGGCUUGUGACUGUCACGCCAACUACACCAAUUCUACGUAUUUAACUAAUACUACCUCUUGGUGUGACGGAGAAACUGGUCAGUGUCAAUGUAAAAAGAGUGAAAGUACUGGGAUGUAUGGUGGACGACAAUGUAACCAAUGCGAGGAACACAGCUAUGGUAAACCUGUAAACUGUACAAAGUGCACAGAACCAUGUUACUUCAAUUGGUACAAACUGAUCCAAGUCGAAAAAAAUAGGGUGUCUAUCCUGGCAAAGAAUGCGACUGAGAUGUUGAAGGAUUUUGGCGGCUUGUCAGUCGACCACAUCAACUCUACAAUACAAGAUUUGAACAAAAAUCUAACAUAUGCUGAGGGUGUAUUCAACGAAGGCGCACAGUACAAUACCAGGGAAAAACAGAACCAGAUCGAAAGGAUUCGAGACACCAUUGACGAUUUGCAGCGCAGACUCAACGAAACCGAACAAAUCUUGAAUGAAGCUGAAGGAUACUUGAAAAACAAUGUCAGUAAGUUUAAUGGAACAGUGCAGGUUGUCCCUGCUCUGCCAGAUCAUUCCUCUCCUGUCGUGGAGUAUGAUCCGUCAGGAUCCAAAGUCUAUGCUGAUUGGGUAACUCUGACUGCCAUGGCAACGGCUUACCGCAACCAAGCGUUACAGUUGAAUGAAUCUGGACAUGCUUCGUAUAGGAAUAUUACAAGUAGUUAUGAAACGAUCAAACUCGCCAACGAAACAGCAGCUCUCGCAGCCAGACAGAUCUCCGAUGCUAUGUCCAGACUCAGUCAAGUCUCCACUCGAAGAGCAGAGGUGGAGCGAAGACUAGGACCAACGUUUCAAGAGGAGCUUCGAAACAACAGCCAGUUGCUAGACCAGAUAAGAAAACUAAGCGAUGAAAUCAACGGCUUACUGGUGUCUGCUGUUGAUAAGGGCAACGAAGCAAAUGCAACCGCCAGUCAAGCUGAGACAAAUAUUCAGCAUGCUAAUGCUUUAGCUACUCAACGAAAAGCCGAGGCAGAAAAGGCGCUGGCUGAUGCUCAAAAUGCGAGCACUCGCGCUGCACAAGUAAAGACAAAAGCGACUACUGCACAGUCUACCACGGCUGAGUUCAAGGCUAACGCUUCGGCUGUCCUAGACCAAGCAAAAAGUGCUUUGGAUAACGUCACAAAAGGGAUCAACACAGUCGCCGAAAUGAGCAACAAGUCACGUGACUCAGAGGCCACCGCUGAUAGGGUCAUUGCAAAGAGUCUUCCAGUUUCCUUGGAAACAAUUCAAAAUCUUGCCAAUCAAAUAAAAGCAAUUGAAGUGAAUAACAGCCUCAUUAAUCAGACUUACGAUGGCGCAGCUGAGGGAUUGAGGCAGGCUAAGCAGGUUGAAGCACUCUCUGAAAAAGCAAUAAAUGUCUCUCAAACCACCCUUAACAAGGUCCAGAGCAUUGAGAAAGUCGUCCAAGAUUCACAGGCAUCGCGCGCCGAGACAGAACGGCUACAACAAGAAACAGACGACAGAGUGCGGAAGAUUAAAAACAUCACGCAAUCGGUGCAGUCCAAAUUCACCGAAGCAGCGAAGAUCGGAGAGGUAACCUUACGUAUGAUCAACAACACUCUGUCAACGGUUGACGAUGGCCUCAAAUGUUAUAAUGAUUCCAAACGUAUCGCGAAAGAAGCAGUUGUGACUGCCGAAAGAACCUUCAAUCUGUCGAAGGUGGCACAGACGGUCAAUGAAACUGUUAAUGGCGACAUUGAAAGUGCCAGGUCACAGGUUGAUCGUCUAUAUAGCGUAGCAAAGGCCAACUAUACUGAGAUAGUCAAAGCUAAUAAUGAUUCUCUUCAACUUUUACAAGACGUCCAGGAAGCUGAAGUUUUAUUAAACGACUACGUAGAACAAAGGAAAGAGAUGGAACGAUUAAAAGCCGAGACAGAAGGACUGGAAACAGAACUGGACAGCCUUAUUCGACAGUUCGAUGAAGAGACGCAAAAAUACAGCAAGUGCGAUGGUGGUUCGUGACGCGUCACAUUCAUUGCGUGACAACUUUUAUUAUGACAAUCGAUCACGUGUUUUUAAAGUAGUUUCUAGGUAUCUCCUAUGAUCAAGGCUUAUUCACACGUUACCUUAUUGAAUGGAGCACAAAUGGAACACUCCGUGACGUGACAUUGAUUUUGUGACACUUCGAGGAAACGAAGUUGCGGACCAAGAAAGAAUGAACCUAAAAUUCUAAGAGUACAAAACAUGGUCAAGAAAACCUUCAGCUAUUGAGGACCUGCAAGAUUGUACUGGAUACCUCCGUAGCUCUUACUGAAGCUGGAAAAUCGUACUGCGCAUGCUCGAAAAAAUGGCGGGAAAAUAAACGCGUGUCCAAAUCUUAAGACACACGUGAAUUUGUAAAAAAAUCGCAAAAAUGCAAAAAGUAUUUUCACCAUCCAUGUCACAAAGACGGCCUUUCUGUAUGAAAGGCUAAAGAGUGCUAUUGUCUCAACUAUUUACGGGGUGAACUUUUAUACAUACGAAAAUAAGUGAAAAUUCUCACGCAAGCACGAGCUUUUUUGAUAGCAAUUUUGUAGGAGUAAAUGAAAUAUUACUAUAAGCAAAUUAUAAUAGAUAGUCAAAGUAGAUAUAGUAACAAAAUAGUUUUUUGCUAAACUAAUUCAACUAUUGCAAGAAAAACMUUUUUUCAGCGCUCACUCAAUAUUUUAAGCUUUUUUAAAAGUUAAUUUACGAUUUGAUUUUGUAAAUUUUUUCUUUGUACUAUUUCAUUUUGGUAAAUAAUCCAAUCAGAAAAAGUAUACAUGUUUGGGGCCCAUAUGUCCUUCAGACCGUGCGUCAUUCUCAAAAGAAUAGAAUUCUUUGUUUGAGUUCUAUCCAUAUUCUUAAGUCUUCUGAUUAGCAACCAUUAAAUGAAGAAAUGACACUCUAGGGAAUGACACGUGGUGAACCCUUUCUUUUGGCAUUCCGCCGAUUCCAGGCCACAUGCAAUUCCCUUGAGUAUUAUGUCUGAUUACUGUCCUUAUAAACGUAGAGACUAGUUGUUAGUCCAUACAGUGACUUCCAAGGGCUUUUUACGUAAAGACAAGGCAACCCUAUACUGCUAGGCAAACUCUCAUGAGGAAAUAAACAAACUUGCCUUUUCGCUCUAUAAGUGUUAGUUUUUAAAUUGAGUAGCAUUUACUUGAGUUGUCGGUCUGUUUUCAAGAACGUUUGGUACGCUUUCCGUCAUAUUUUAAAAAAUGGCGUCCCUUAAAAAACAGCCCCAUGAUGCAUCGCGCGUCACUCAUAGGUUUUCCGCGCAACCUCGAAAAGGUCGUUAUACAGGUUCAAAGUCGAACAAUAAUACUCUGGAACAAGCUAGCUAUACUGAUAGGUAUGUUCUGAUAGUGUGAACAAAUGUAAUAAUAUAGAAGAAUAUGAUAUAUUUAUUGAUAUUGUUACCUAACGCUAAGAUGUAAUAAAGUGCUGGCCAUUUAAUCAGCUUUUUCAUACACUAAAUAUUAGG